AAACAGUGGACGCUUCAGUUUGAAUUCAAAAUUUUUUCUUUUAUCAGCAAAUACGAAAAUUCAACUUUAAAAUCUUCGAUAAUGCCCCGUGGAACGCUGGGAGAAUCCGAGUCGGAUGUGGGUGAACAAUCAGAAAACAAUUUUAGUUAUCAAACGCGUAGUUCCAUAAUAAAUAAUCCUUACAAUCGAGCCACUACAAGUAAUGCAUCAUCUGUACAACGUACAACGAAUAAACCGAGCAUGUCUAGUAGCAAUACUUUAAGAGGAGCUGCUCGCCGUAAAAUGAGUGGGCGCCGAAGGGAAAUGAAGCAGUUAAGGACAAUUAUUAAUUUACAAAAGACUACCAAUCUGCUAAUACCCCGAGCACCGUUUGCACGUGUGGUACGUGAAAUUAGUAUUGCCUGUAAUCCCGAUAUAGUACGCUAUACAUUGACGGCAAUGGAAGCUUUACAGGAGGCUACUGAGAUGUUUUUAGUCCAAUUACUUCAGGAUUCUUAUCUUUUGACCAUGCAUCGAAAAUGUGUUACUUUGUCGAAGGCUGAUCUGAUGUUGAUACGAUCUUUAAAAUUAAACUUUUAGUUUUAUUUAUUUUUUAUACAAAAUAUUUUAUACCUAUGUUUGUUUAUUGUAGCGCUAAUUAUUUUUAAGCAUUUAUUGAUAUGAUCCACAUAUUUUAAACCUAUAGAAACAUAUUAUUCAAGAAUAUUUUUAUAAAUUUGUAUAAUUUACAAAUCUUUACCUAAAAUGAGUAUUUUAUGUAGAAAAUAUGUAUUAAAACUUUUUAUAUAAAAUUUUGUUUAUGUUUCCAACGCAAAAUAAAAGUAUCACUAGUUUGAA